AUGAGCACAAAUUAUUCAAUGCUUCAUCACUCUUUCGUGUCACCUAUGCGUCCAAUCAACAUGACUUCGGCUGCUGUGCCCAUCAAUGAAAGGAGAGAUUUAAGUAGCUCUCCUUACAUCUAAAAGAAAAGAAAUGAACCUACUAAUUUCACUUUGUAGAACAAUCUUGAGGAACAAGAGAAGAAGUAUCAUGAUGUUCUUGAAAAUGAAAAGAUGCACUAUUAGAAAAAGGAAAGAGCCAGUCGUGAGUUAAUUGCAGACAUUUCUAAAAGAUUAAAGUAAAGUUAGUAGCGCAUAACUGAGGAAUCAAGAGUUGCAAUUGAGUUGAAGAAGCGCCACGACCUUAUGAAGAAGAAGAUGGAAAAGGUAGCUAAAGACAAACAAGAGAAUCAAACUUAGCUUAAGAGUCUCUACGCUCUCUUCCAACAGUAGCGCAAAGCAUUGGAGGUUUCUAUUCAAAAGACUAAGCGACUUGAAGAUGAAAACCAAAGACUAGAAUAGCAUAAUAAGUCACUUGAAGACAAUCAUAGAAAUAUGUAACGCAGAGUAGAUCAACUUGAAGGCGAAAGAGAACAGCUGCAAAGCAAAUACAAAAGAGAAAGAGAGAUGCUUGAAGGUGAUAUUGAUGAUAAGAAAUAGCUCAUCAAAAGAUAUGAAGGUGAAUUUAAGGAGAUUAGUAACUAGAAGAUAGUCAUGAAGAAACAAGUAGAUGAAUAUGAAAAUAAGAUCAAGAAGCUUAUCAUAGAGUUCGAAGAAUCCUCUAAAAAGCAUAUCAAAGAGCUAAAUGAUGUACAUGAAUAGUACAGAGGAUACAAGUCAAGUUCAAUUGAGUUUGAGUAAAGAAUCAAUCAAUACAAGUCUGACUAUUAAAAAGCAUGCUAGAGUGAACGAGAUGCCAAGAAAGAAGUUCAUAAACUUAGACUUGAAAAUGAUGAAGUCAAGGAAAAACUGGCUUUUAUAGAGUUACGCUAUCAUAAACUAAUCAAGAGAAUGGGAGCAUCUCAAGAUGAUUUAUAAGCGAUUGAUGACUAGAUACUGCUAGGAGUUCAUUAGAUAGAGGAUGAUGAGGCGCAUAUCAUAGUAUAGCACAAAAAUAAGCAAGGCAACAAAGCAAACACUAACUAGCAUCCCUUUUAAAAAGUUGUUGAUCUUAAGCAAAUCAAGAAUGAUUCAAUCUAAAUUGAAGACUAUGAAUAAUUUCAGUAGGAUGAGAACAGGCUCGAUAGCAUGGCUGAUAGACGUGGGACUGGCAGUUAAGAUGUGGAAAGUGUGGUACCCGUUGUGCAAAACAAGAUAGUUGGCAGCUAUGAGUACUAUGGAGAUUAGUAUGAGGAUAAUGAAAGUGAAGGAGUAAUCCCUGGCGGGUCGAGAUCUUAAAAUCAUGGCUAAACUAGACAUAAAAACGAGUCUAUUGCAGUUGAGUAAAACACAAGCUAUUAGAAGAAAAAGGGUUAGAGCAAUAAGAAAAAUAACAUCAUUGAAGUCUUAGAUGAUGAAAGACCCAUUGAGUCCUAUUAUGACACUUCAAAGUCACAGUAAUAAUAGAAGUAAAAUAAAAAUGAUCAGAGAAGAGAUAGUCAAGCCUCACAAUCAGGUGAUCUUCUGAGUAAACUAAUUGAAAACAUCAAUGGAAACCCUGCACUAUAAAAUGAAUAUAUUAAAGGUCAAUUUAAACUAGACUAGAUCUAGAGUGAAGGGGAUUUGCAUUGCUACAAGAACCUCUUAAACUCAAUGGCUGCCUUAUUCUACACUAAUCACCGCAUGAAUGAUGUAACUCUAUUCUUUUAUAUGUGGAGAGAUGCUGCAAUAGCUAAGCUCAAGUAAAAGUUAUAAGACUCGUCCCAUCAAAAGACAUCUUAACAGUAAUAAAUUUAAUCAUCAAAUCAGAAACAGCAGAUUCAGCAACAGUAGCAACAAUAGCAGCAAUAGUAGCAAUAGCAGCAGUAGCAAAAGAAGAAGAUAUAACCACCUCCAGGCAUUUAAAUUGAUACUGAGCUUGCCAACUAGGAAGUGUUUAACAACUACAGUCACAAAAAUCACGAUCCAAAUGAAUUUUAAGACGAAGAUGACAAUAGCAUAUAGCAGUAUAAUGAUGAGGACGAUGAAGAUGAAGAUGAGGAUGAUGAUGCUGCAAUGGAUUAAAUCCUAGAUAAAGAUUAGAUUAAUGAUCUCUAGAUAAGGUAAUUUGUAGAGGACCUUAAGCAAGUUGGGCCCUACUCCAAGCAAAUACUAAAUUACACCUAUCCUCCCUUGCUGUAUUAGAGAAGUGACGAGGACGAUGAUGACGAAGAAGAUGAAGAGAUGGAGUAAAAGUAGCAAGCCAAGUAGAAGCAGGGUUAGGUUAGAAAUUUGAACAUUAAUGAUGAAGACGACGACGAUGAUGAGGAUGAAGGAGAUGAGGACGAGGACGAAGACGAAGAUGGCGAAUAAGACUUUGAAAAUGACUAAGACAUUUAAAAGUUCAUUCAGGGUGCUGGCAUUAAAAACGAAGAUCUCUAUUAGAAACUGAAAAACGUGGUGAAGGACAAGGAAGCUUAAUAAUACAUUGAACAGAUUGAUGAAGAUGGCAAUGUGUAUCUGGUAGAGGCCGAUCAAAAUGAAGACGAUGAUGAGGAUGGUGAGUAUGAGUACAUGCAAGGCGAGGAUGAAGAUGAUAUGGGUAUGGGCAUGGAUAUGGAUAUGAACUAGCAGAUGAUGUUAGAUGGAGACAUUGAGGAUGAGGAGUUCCUUCUGAUGAUGGAACAAGAAGCUUAAAAAUACAAGAAAAGGCAGGGCAGAUGA